AUGGGCAAGGGUUAUAGCGCAGCUAUCGCGGCGAACCCGUACAUCGUGGGUUCGUUCGCAUGUAUUGGUGGUGGUCUCUUCGGUUUGGACAUUUCUUCCAUGUCCGCUGUUUUGAACAACCCGGCAUACAUCGAGUACUUCCACAACCCCACAUCCAACGCUCAGGGAGCGAUCGUCGCGUCGAUGCCCGCCGGCUCCUUCGUAGGUUCACUCGCGGUCGCCUACAUCGCUGACAAAAUCGGACGCAAAAAAACAAUCAUCCUUUCCGGCCUCAUUUGGAUCGUCGGUUCCAUUCUUCAGUGCGCAUCGGUCAACCGUGGCAUGCUGGUUGUUGGGCGUAUCAUCGCUGGUCUCUCCGUCGGUAUCGCGUCCUCGGUCGUUCCCAUCUACCAGUCAGAGAUUACUCCUCCCGCCAUCCGUGGUCGUCUCGUCGCCCUUCAACAAUGGUCUAUCACCUGGGGUAUCCUGAUCAUGUACUUCAUCGAGUUCGGAUGCAGCUAUCUUGACGGUAACGCGUCUUUCCGAAUCCCAUGGGGACUCCAGAUGGUUCCCGCCGCACUGCUCUCCGCCGGCAUGCUUUUCUUCCCCGAAUCCCCGCGCUGGCUCAUCGACAAUGACCGCGAAGAGGAGGCACUCCAAAUUCUUGCUGACCUUCACGGCCAGGGUAACAAGAAUAACGAGCUUGUACUUCUCGAAUACGAGGAGAUCCGCGGUCAAGUCGCCUUCGAGCGUACUGAGGGUGCCAAGUCGUACGCGGACCUCUUGAAGCCCGGUAUCUUCCGUCGUGUCAGCCUCGGCAUGUCCAUGCAGAUGUGGUCUCAGCUGUCGGGUAUGAACAUCAUGAUGUACUACAUUGUCUACGUAUUCCAGGGUGCUGGUUUAUCCGGUCGCCGCGCCAACCUGAUUGCAGACAGUGUGAACUACGUCCUCAACGUCUGCUUCACUAUCCCCGCCAUCCUGUUCAUCGAUAAGUGGGGUCGCCGUCCGAUGAUUAUCUCUGGAACCAUCUGCAUGGGCUUCUUCCUGAUGCUCGUUGGUGGCCUCCAGGGCCGCUUUGGACACUGGGGAGAGCUUGACGGCAACAAGAUCUGGCUCAUCGACGGCCACGACGCCGCAACCAAAGGCAUCAUCGUCUGCUCCUACUUCGCCGUUUGCUCGUUCGCCAUCGCGCUCGGUCCUGUGUCGUGGACUUACCCGGCCGAAAUCUUCCCCAUGAAGGUCCGCGCCAAGGCUGUGUCGGUCUCCACCGCGACCAACUGGGUGUUCAACUUUGCGCUCGCGUGGGCCGUCCCACCUGGCUUGUCGACGAUCGCGUACAAGACCUACUUCAUCUUCGGCACCUUCAACUUUGCCGCGGCCAUCCACUUCUUCUUCAUGUUCCCUGAGACAGCUGGGAGGACGCUCGAGGAGAUCGAGGAGGUCUUUGCCCAAGGCCAUGUCUUCUCGGCCUACAAGAUCUCGCGCGAUGUCGGGAAGAAGACGCUCGAGCAGGUCGUAUCGGAGAACAAGGCGAUUGACCACGACGAGGUUGCCGAGUACGAUGUCAAGGAGAAGGACGCCGCGUAA